UAGACUAGGGUCGAGUUACACCGGUUCCUGUCUCUCUCUUUCCCAAAUGCAGAUAACUCCUCUCCUCUUCAUUUAAUAUUUUCUAAAGCUAGAACCCCAUUUAUGUUUUGUUGAGUUUGAGUCCUCUGCAAGGGAAGCAAUCUACAACCAACUGAAAAGUACUUAGUCCUCCAUUUGGAAUAUUCUGAAACAUUCUGGAACCUUCUGGAACCGUUUAGAAUCUUAUGAUCCCUGUUGACAUCUUGAAGCCACCUGAGGAACUGAAGCUAUUUUUUUGUUUUUCUCUGACUAGUCUGUGGUCUCUACCUGUCUGUACUAGUCUUUGCUGGUCUGUACUAGUCUGAACUGGUCUGUAGUGGUCAGGAUGCGAGGGUUAGAGCUAAAGGCCCCCGGUGCAGCGUUGCUGGUCCUCUCAGUGGUGAGCACCUCUCAUUGUCAGUCGGACUCUUCAGACUGCUCCCAGGCUGAGUCAUGUGACCUGUGUGUCGGAGACUCCACCCUAAACCUGACUGGUUGUGUCUGGAGGGUCUUCGGGAACAGUAAUGAUACUGGGUGUGUAUCCGAUCAGGAUGAUUCUCAGAACUGUAAUGUGACAAACGACCCAGCCAUGUGCACAUUCAUAGAGAUAGCGGAAGAAGGUGAAGGGGACUCAGAUGAGUCUCCUCCAGAGCCAUCAGAGUUCUCCCAGGCAGGCUUUGACAUGUCCAGUUUCAUAGGAGGCAUCAUCCUGGUGCUGUGUGUCCAGGCUGGGGGAUUCUUCGCCAUGCGCUUCUUCAAGAAAGAUACCACCUACGACCCCGUGUGAGUGUGAGUGUGUGUGUGAGUGUGUGUGUGUGUGGUGUGUGUGUGUGGUGUGUGUGUGUGUGAGAGAGUGAGAGACAAUUAGGCAACAACAAAUUCAAUUCCUUUUAGACAACUUCCUGGACAAAACGUUUCACUGUAAUACUGAAGGUGUAAACUUAACAGUAGAAAACCUAAACAGUACAUUUGACCUCAGCUUCACUAUCAAAUCUAAAAAUGUCAAACAGAAAACCGAAGAAAAUGAACAACAAUGACAAAUGGUUUGAUGAAGAACGCAAAAACCUAAGAAAGAAAUUGAGAUACCUAUCCAACCAAAAACAUAGAGACCCAGAAAACCUGAGCCUACGCCUUCACUAUGGUGAAUCACAAAAACAAUACAGAAAUACACUACGGAAAAAGGAGGAACAGCACGUCAGAAAUCAGCUCAAUGUAAUUGAAGAAUCCAUAGAAUCUAACCACUUCUGGGAAAAUUGGAAAACACUAAACAAACAACAACAUGAAGAGUUAUCUAUCCAAAACAGAGAUGUAUGGGUAAACCACUUCUACAUUAUUUUUGGCCCUAUAACAAAGAAUAAACAGCAAAAAAAUAUACAUGAUCAAAUACAAAUCAUAGAAUCAACUAUUAAAGACUACCAGAACCCACUGGAUUCUCCAAUUACUUUGAAUGAACUACAGGACACAAUACAAAACACUCCAACCCAUAAAGGCCUGUGGUGUUGAUGGUAUCCUCAAUGAAAUUAUCAAAUAUACAGACCACAAAUUCCAAUUGGCUAUACUUAAACUCUUUAACAUCAUCCUUAGCUCUGGCAUCUUCCCCAAUAUUUGAACACCAAGGACUGAUCACCCCAAUCCACAAAAGUGGAGACAAAUUUGACCCCAAUAACUACCAUGGGAUAUCCGUCAAGGGCAACCUUGGGAAAAUCCUCUGCAUUAUAAAUAACAGCAGACUCUAAGCACUGAGCAAAUGUCAAAUUGGCUUUUUACCAAAUGACCAUUGUUAGGAAUUUUGUUAAUAAAUAGUUAAAACAAAUUCUAGCUUUAGAUAAAACUAUAACUAAUUGAACUCUGCAUGCCUGGUGAAAAGAGAUUUGUGUUGUGGGUCAUAAAAUAAGCAGAAAGGGUCAUUAAACUAUGGUUGAACUGACCCAACUUAGCCCUGAGGUGUUUAGAUAAGGCUGUGGGUAACUUUUUAGGUCUUCCAUUAUCUUGAGUUGCCUGCUAAAGUGGUAAUAAAUUAUAGUGAGCCUUCAGGAUAAUUGAUUAUAUUAUGUGUCAUGUGUGUGUGCUGUGAAGUUGGAAUGAACUUUUGAACCUGUUUUCUAUUUGUCAGGACAAUGAGAUUUAUUCUGUAACCUAUGACGUCAUAUCUUGUAUAUAAACCUGUGUUUAUGAUCAAAUGGCAGCGUGCUCCGAGAAUAAACACUAUUAUCUAAUUUUAAUAA